AUUGUUUAUGUCCAUGCUAGGUGAAGUGCAAAGAAGGAAGUUUUGACCAAAUUGUGAGCAGACUGGAAGAAAAGAAAAUCAACUUGAGAAUUUAUAGUAGAAAUCAUAUUGGUGUAUCACUGGAUGAGAUGGUCACAGAUUCUGAUUUGGAAGAUCUGUUGUACUGCUUUGGCAGCGCAGCGAGUCUUGUUGAUUUAGUAGCAGCAGCUGAUAGUAGAGUGAAUGAUUUGACAGAAAAGGGUUUAUCUCGAACUUCUUCAUUUUUGAUGCAUGCUGUUUUCAACAGUCACCAGUCUGAAACAAAAUUAGUUCGUUACAUGAAGCUUUUGGAAAACAAAGAUGUUUCACUGGUUCAUUCAAUGAUUCCGUUGGGUUCAUGCACUAUGAAGUUGAACAGCUCAGUUGAGAUGGAACCUGUUACUUGGUCAGCAUUUGCCAGUCUUCAUCCUUUCUGUCCUCUUACUCAAGCUCGUGGGUACCAUGAGAUGAUCAAGGAAUUGAGUGAUGACUUGUGUGAAAUCACUGGUUAUGAUGGCAUUUCAUUUCAACCAAAUAGUGGUGCUCAGGGUGAAUAUGCUGGACUUUGUGUUAUCAAAGCUUAUCUAGCUGACGUUGGACAAGGACAUAGAAAUGUAUGUCUAAUUCCAGACUCAGCUCAUGGCACCAACCCAGCAUCUGCACACAUGGCAGGGAUGACUAUCAGAGUAGUGAAAACGGACCCAAAUACUGGAUGUGUUGAUGUUGAUGAUUUCAAGCGACUUGUUGAUGGCUGCUCAGACACUCUGGCUGCUACAAUGAUUACAUAUCCAUCAACUAGUGGAGUUUUUGAAGAAUCAGUGAGAAACAUUUGUGACACUGUUCAUGAGGCAGGAGGUCAGGUGUACAUUGAUGGUGCGAAUAUGAAUGCUCAAGUUGGACUUUGUCGUCCUGGUGAUUAUGGUGGCGAUGUUUCUCAUCUAAAUCUACACAAGACAUUUUGUAUCCCACAUGGUGGAGGAGGACCUGGCAUGGGACCAAUUGGAGUGAGGAAGCAUCUUAUUCCCUAUUUACCUUCACAUCCCAUUAUCAAAAUGCCACUUCUCAAUGGUGUUCAUGACACAAAAAGUUCAGGACCAAUUUCAGCGUCACAUUUUGGAUCUGCUUCUAUAUUGCCAAUCUCUUGGGCCUACAUUAAACUUAUGGGUGCUGUAGGACUUCGAAGAGCAACACAGAUUGCUAUUCUUAAUGCCAAUUACAUGGCUGCUCGUCUUAGACAACAUUACGAUAUCCUCUACACAGGCUCAAAUGGUUUUGUAGCACAUGAAUUUAUUAUUGACACAAGACCGUUCCAAAACAUGGUACAAGCUAAGAUCACAGCUACGGACAUUGCAAAACGACUACAAGACUAUGGUUUUCAUGCACCAACAAUUUCAUUUCCAGUGACAGGAACAGUGAUGAUAGAGCCAACAGAAAGUGAGAGCAAAGAUGAAAUGGAUCGAUUUUGUGAUGCUCUGAUUAACAUACGAAAAGAAAUAGAUGAGAUUGAGAGCGGAGUUGCAGAUGCAAAGAAUAAUGUGUUAAAGAAUGCACCUCAUCCACAAUCUGUUGUGGUCAGUUCUGAUUGGCCAUAUCCGUACAGCAGGGAAAAGGCAGCAUUUCCACUUCCUUGGAUAGUGCCGACAGGAAAGAUAUGGCCAACAGUUGGAAGAGUGGAUGACACAUUUGGAGACUUGAAUUUUUUCUGCGUGUGUCCACCAGUGGAAUCAUAUCAAGAUGCUGCUUAGCAUAUUGUGCUACCAAUUUUAGGAACUUUUUUGCCAAAAGUUAACAAAUGAUGUAUUGGUGUUCCCUAUUGCAUUGUUGUGAUAGGACCGACUUGUGUUCUUUCAUGUUGAUUUAGUGACUUUGCUUCUUUGUGAUUGAUUUAGUGACUCCAAAUGCCUAUAUGUCAUAAAGUAUGGUGUCCUGCAACCCUAGGAAUCAGUGUGUAGCAUAGUAUACAAUUGAAUUAGCUACUUCAA